ACCGUGUCAAAACUCAGAAAAGAACAAUUGAACAAAAUUGUGCCAAGACCCCAAAAAGAACAAUCUUAAACAAUGGCAGAUGGUGCUAUAAACUUCCUACUUGAAAAGUUGGCCACCAUCCUUUGCAAACAGGCUGCAUUGUUGGGAGAUGCGAGUGAUGAAAUUGAAGAAAUCAGGCUUGAGUUAGAGUUCAUGAGAUCCUUCAUAAGAGACGCAGAGAGAAGGAAAGAAAGGAGCGAGUUGGUGGAGACUUGGGUGAGGCAAGUCAGAGAAGUUUCAAACCAAGUGGAGAAUAUAAUCGAUGAGUUUGUGCAUUUCAGAGAAAUGCAACGCCAUGGCAACGGGAUCAGGAGCUUUGUUAAAAACGCCAUCAAUCUUCCAAGAAACAUUGCGACACAGAAUCAUAUCUCUUCCAAGUUACAAAAAAUCAAGGCAAAAGUUCACGAAGUUUCAGAGAGAAGUAAAAGGUAUGCAUUUAGUCAAAACCUUGAUAAGGAAAGGAGCUUCAACUUCCGCAAUGACUGCUGGCAGUAUAAUGGAGAUUUUCCCAUCCUAGUUGAUGAAGAUGAGAUUGUCGGAAUGGAUGAAAACAAAACUCAAUUGUCUGAAUUGCUGAACGAACCUGAACACCGACAAACCAUUAUUUCCAUUGUUGGCAUGGGAGGUCUUGGAAAGACUACCCUUGCAACCAAACUCUACAAUGACCAAGAGGUACAGAGAGAUUUUGAAUGUUGUGCAUGGAUAUCUCUGUCUCAAGCUUGUCGAAUAGAAGAACUGCUACGAAGCAUUGUGAGAGAACUCUUGAAAGCAGAUCAGGUAAACAUUCCUAACCAUUUGGGAUCCAUGGCUUACAUACAGCUUAUUGAGAUGCUCAUCGAGUAUUUGCGUAGUAGAAGGUACCUAGUUGUCCUUGAUGAUGUUUGGGCCAUAGAUCUUUGGAGUAGGAUAAGAAAAGCAUUCCCAGAAAACAACCUUGGAAGCCGAAUUAUUUUAACCACAAGAAAUAAGAAUGUAGCAACUUCAGUAGGACCUCGAGGCCGCUUAUUUCACCUUGAGCCUCUCAAUGAAGAUGAUGCAUGGACUGUCUUUUGCAAAAAGGCAUUUGCCACAGAAUUGAAUCAUUUUUGUCCCUCGGAACUGGAAGCAUUAGCUCGAUCAAUGCUAACAAAGUGUCAAGGAUUGCCUCUCGCAAUAGUUGCCAUUGGUGGACUGAUGUGUACGAAAGACAAGACAGUUGCAGAAUGGAAGAAAGUAAAUGACAGUCUAAAUUGGCAACUGAGCAACAAUCCCAUGCUUGAAAGAGUGAAGGGCAUAUUAGCAUUGAGUUUCAAUGAUCUCCCCUUCUACCUAAAAUACUGUUUUUUGUAUUGCUGUGUUUUCCCUGAGGGUUACCCAAUCAAAAGGAAGAAACUGAUCCGACUAUGGGUUGAUGAAGGCUUUAUUAUAGAAAGACAAGGGAUGUUGAUAGAGGAGGUAGCAGAAGAUUACCUUGCAGAGCUCAUUUUCCGAAGCAUGAACCAAGUUACCGAUGCCAAUGAAGCUGGACGAGUCAAGGCCUUAAAAGUGCACGAUGUUAUGCGCGAGCUGGCCAUAACAACAACUGAGAAGGAGAAUUUCUGCAUGGUAUAUAAUGGCCAGGAUUCUAGGAUUGAGAGAAAUACACAGAGGCUAUCUCUCUCCUGCAGACAAGAUAAGUUCCAUGUGAGCAGGACAGUAUUAUGCCAGCUUCGUUCUCUGUUUGUCUUUAAAAGAGACAUAUGCUCUUCAUUCUCGUUGAAUGAUAUCUCGUCACAUUUAAAAUUCUUAAGGGUACUUGAUCUACAAGGAAUUUGCAUUGAGAAAGUACCAAAUGCAUUGACUGGGCUAUUUAACUUGAGGUACUUGAGCCUACGGGAAACAAAGAUCAAAUGUCUUCCAGAGUCAACUGAAAGACUGCAGAACCUGCAAACGCUAGAUGUCAGGAAUACUCAUGUGGAGAGGCUACCAAGAGGUAUAUCCAACUUGGAAAAGUUGCGACAUCUAUUUGUAGGUCGCAAUGAUGAGAAGAAAUGUGGUUUGAGGGUGCCUAUCGGGAUAGGGAAGUUGCAGAUGUUACAAAGUCUAUCUUCAAUUAUAGCAGAUGAUCAGAUAAUUCAGCAACUUGGAUAUUUGACUAACCUCAGAAGCUUAGACAUUAAAGCGGUGAAAGCAGUUAAUUGGCCCAAGCUCGGCACUUCAAUUCAAAUGCUCAAAAGCCUCCGUAGGCUAAGCAUCACCGCAAGCAAUGAAGAAGAGUCACUCGAGCUAGGAGACUUAAUUUCAGCACCGCCAUUUCUUCAGAAGCUGACAUUGGUCGGACAGCUGAAUGGGCUGCCUCACUGGCUAGGAUCCUUACAGAACCUCACCCAUUUGCACUUGGGAUCAUCUCUAUCAGAAGAAAAUAUACUUUCUUGCAUUGAUGAACUUCCAAUUCUCGUGUUCCUCGAGCUUCAAAACACAUACAAUGGCAAGAUCCUGCACUUCAGGGCAAGAGGAUUCCCCAAGCUCAACAGCCUGAAAUUGUUAGAAUUCGACCAAUUAGAGGGUAUAUGUUUAGCGGAAGGCGCAUUACCAAGCCUAAGGGAGCUGUAUCUAAUUCAUUGCAAGGAAUUAAAGCAGCUACCACAGGGAAUUGAGCAUAUCGCCAGCAUCCGCAAAUUACAUCUCGAGGAAAUGCCCGAAGAGCUUAUACAAAAUCUGAGAAUCAAUGGAAGUAAGGAUCAAGCAAAGGUUCAGCACAUACAAACAAUCAACCAUGUCUACAAGAUAGAUCAUACUCCAAUACUUGAAACGCUUUCUUAG